GCACAAACUCACACGUGUUCUCUUGCAGGCGCACAGACGGAAGAUGGCGGACUGUGAAAAGAAGAAGAAGAAGAAGAGCAAGAUUUCAGAUGAAGAAGUCGGGGAAAUCCAAGAAACUGGAGAUUUUCUCAUCAAACCGGAGUCCAAGGUUGCGAAACUCGACACGUCCCAGUGGCCUUUGCUGCUGAAGAACUUUGAUAAGCUGAACAUCAGGACUACGCAUUACACACCACUGCCUCAUGGCUCCAAUCCCCUGAAGAGAAACAUUCACGAUUAUGUCAGGUCCGGUUUUAUUAACUUGGACAAGCCGGCGAAUCCGUCUUCUCACGAGGUGGUCGCGUGGAUCAAACGUAUCCUGCGUGUGGACAAGACGGGACACAGCGGGACGCUGGACCCGAAGGUCACGGGAUGCCUGAUCGUGUGUGUCGACAGAGCGACGCGAUUGGUCAAAUCUCAGCAGAGUGCAGGCAAAGAGUACGUGGGCAUAGUACGGCUGCACAAUGCGAUAGAGAGCGAACACCAGCUCGCCAGGGGUUUGGAGUGUCUCACUGGAGCUCUGUUCCAGAGGCCUCCUCUCAUCGCCGCGGUGAAGCGACAGCUCCGAGUCAGAACCAUCUACGAGAGCAAACUCAUCGAAUACGACUCUGAGAAAAGGCUCGGGAUUUUCUGGGUCAGCUGCGAGGCAGGAACGUACAUCAGAACGCUGUGUGUUCAUCUGGGGUUGCUGCUGGGUGUCGGAGGGCAGAUGCAGGAGCUUAGGAGGGUUCGCUCUGGAGUGUUGGGUGAGAACGACUGUAUGGUGACCAUGCACGACGUCUUAGACGCCCAGUGGCAGUUUGACCACAACAAAGACGAGACGUACCUCAGGAGAGUCAUCUUUCCUCUGGAGAAGCUGCUCGUCAGCCACAAGAGGAUCGUCAUGAAGGACAGCGCGGUCAAUGCUAUAUGCUACGGUGCUAAAAUCAUGUUGCCCGGUGUGCUGAGGUACGAAGAUGGCAUCGAGGUGAACCAGGACAUCGUCGUCAUUACCACUAAAGGAGAAGCCAUAUGUUCAGCCGUGGCGCUCAUGACGACGGCGGUCAUCUCUACGUGCGAUCACGGCAUCGUGGCUAAGAUCAAGAGAGUCAUCAUGGAAAGAGACACGUAUCCACGCAAAUGGGGCCUGGGGCCAAAGGCGAGUCAGAAGAAAAUGAUGAUCCAGAAAGGGCUUCUAGAUAAACACGGCAAGCCGAACGGGAGCACGCCGGCUAACUGGAAGGAGGGAUACGUGGAUUACAGCAAUAAACCCAAAGCCGUAGCAGACGAAGACGUUAUUCAGGCAGGAGCGAAGAGGAAACGUGAGGAAAGCGGAAGCGAAGGCGAGGCGACGCCUUCGACCCCAAAGACCGACAAGGAGAAGAAGAAAAAGAAGAAAGAAAAGAAAACGAAGACUGCCGAGGAAGCGUCGGAAGUCGCAGAGGAAGCGGUGGCGGAAGAAGGAGAAGCCGAGGUCACAGAAAGCGCCAAGAAGAAAAAGAAAAAAAAGAAGGCGAAAGAAGCCGAGACGGGAUCGGACUGAACAUCUGAUCCGAUCUAACAGACUGUUAAAGGUUAGCUGAUCGGGAGAAAGUGACGUGGCGUAAACACCUGAGAUCAGACGUCAGGUUCCUGCUCCAGGCUGCGUUUCUCCUCACCGUCGGCCGAGUGACUGAUAGUGUGUGUGUGUGUGUGUGUGUGUGAGAUGAAGAGCAGGCCUGAAAUCUGUUUUUUAUUCUGAAUGAUUGACACGUCCUCCUCGUCAUAAUGUUCAUUGUAUAUUGACAGAACUUUAGGUUUUUUUGUUUUUUUCCCCCAAAGCUGUGGAUUAAAGAAAUGUUUUUGUACUUUUUAUCUUUUGUUCCGUCUCCACACACAGAGACCAGAUUGUUCGUCCUCCGUGUGAGCGUCCGUACGUGCGUCCCUCGUGACGCUUCCUUUCUGUUGUAUUAUGUAUAUAAAACAGGAUCGACUUGUAAUCCUAAAGCUAAAGUGCUACAUCAAUAUAAGAGUUUUUUUUUCUA